CACACUCAGUGCAUUGUAUACUCACAAACAAUGGCCGUCAGCUAGCAGGAAAGUCAGCGUAGUGAAAAUUCAUCGUUAGGUGUGUGAAAACAGCUGCAAGAAGCAGGAAAUCGCGAUGGGUGUCGUCAGGGAGAGGAAAGCCGUGUGCGAGAAUGCGAAAAACGUGCCUUCCAACCCCGAAUCAACGGUGCAAUCCGGUUACACCACCCAAGAGUCCGAGGAUGAGGGUAGCAGUCAAGUAUCUUCACCUGUACGUCGUCCAAAUAUACGCCAACGACUAAUUGCGGACGGUACAUUGAAUCUCGCGUUCAACAGAUUGAUUACUCGUCAUACAGGACAUCGUCGAGCGCGCAGAAUUCUCAACACUCGUUUUCUGGAGACGCUGAGUGAAGAUACCGAGGCGGUUGUGCUUGAAAUUGAAAACAAGUCAAAGUUUCAAAUGCUCAUGGAGGAAACUGAAGAUGCUCUUGAGGCGCUGGAAGCUUAUGAAAGAGAGCAAGCUGAGAAUGCAAUCAAUGGCAAUCAUGACUACAUCGUUGACACUGACCAGGAUAACGAAACCGAUCCAUAUUUUAAUAUACCGCGCAAAAUCCGCGUUGCGAUUAAUGGACGCAAGAAUUUUCAGUAUGAAUUACUGAAAUCCAUUGAAAUGGAACUCACUAGUCAAUUAGGACAAGAAAGUGGUGAUACUGCAUUCAUGUACACACCACACACCUGCUAUGAAAGAUUGUUGGUGCAUGCUGUUGCAAAAUUCAAAGGAUUUACCUCUGAAACUAUUUCAAGUGACGAUGGAAAAGUUGUGAAAGUAAGUAAAGAUAAACUUGCCGGACAAGAACCUGAAGAUAUAGGAAUGUUACUUUGUGAUUAUAUCGUUUGCUUGCGGGCCGAGGAAUGAAUUUUCAGAAUAAUUUUUAAGUUUUAGUAGAUUACGACCGAAAAUGUGUAAGUUGUCGCGUUAAAUGUGCUUUUCCUAUACUAAUUCAACCUAAGCAAUCCGUUUUUGAGCAAUUUUUCACCCGUUGUGAAUUUUCAACGCCGCAUACAAUGCUAUUGCAUUGUAUUUCUAGUGAAUAAAUGACCACUUGAUGUGUAAAUGUUACAAUCA